CAUUUUAAAGCAUUUGCAAAAAAUCCAAUGACUUGGGAGACCAGUACAUUGAAAGAAGAUUAUGAUAAUAAUGUAACAUCACAGCUCACAGAAAAGAACUUGGAUACUUUAUGCAAUAUCUGUGGAUUUUAUGUUGAUUGUACUGCAUUGAAAGAAAUUUGUUCGCAAGAAACUACAUGUUUCACACAAGAAAAUCAUGAGAAAAAUCCCAAAGUUAUAAGCUCUAUUGAUUCAAAAAAUUCAAAUGAUUUUAUGUCUGAUAUUGAAGAAAAAUUAGAUGCAUCUACUUCAAUAAAUCAUGAAUCUAAUUUUCCUUCACAAUUAAAAAAAACUUGUGAUCAAUAUGAAGCUAUUAUUAAAAUUUAUGACAAAUAUAAAUCUUAUACGAAAUGUUCUGAAUGUUCUAAAGUUUCUAAAAUAUGUACAAAAUGUUCUAUCAUAGAUCAAAUAUUACACAAAUUAAAAGACUAAAUAGGUAUAAAUUGUAUUUGAGACUAUAAACAUUAUUUUCAAUUAAUGCUAAA